GAUGUACAACUUCCUGGAGCAUUUGUCGCAGCGUGCCUUCACGCAGCUUUGCGGUCACCUCGAGCUCACCGUCUUCGAGGACAAGGAGGUCAUCUUUACCCGUUUCUCUGAGGGCCGCGGCAUGUACAUGCCUGGGCCUGGGCAUUACCAGGAAGAAGUAGACCUCGAUUGUAUCAACCUGACGCUGACCGAUUUCGAGUUCUGGGCGGAGAUCUCGCUGUUCACAUCCUUCCAGCAUACCUGCACAAUGGUCUCCGUCCAGUUUAAUGACACCUUCCUUCUUCCGGCUACAGCAUUGGCAAAGGCCAUACAGGAGUUUGCAGAGUGCUGCGGCUACGUUUAUCAGUAUGCGCGGUCCCUCCAAGCCAAGCUGAACACUGAGGAGUUUGUCGCCGAGGAAGUCCUGCCAAGCUCGAUCCGCACAGCGUGCUGCGAAGCGACGGACGCCUACCAGCUCAAAAAUCUGACCAAGGAAAGGUUGCUCCAGUUCUUCUACCUGCCAAAGCCGUACCCCAGUGGAGCGGACACGAAGGACUUGAUCCGCAAGGUCUUAAGUGGCGACGUGACCUCGGGUGAGGAGAUCCUACAAGAGCUGGAGAG